AUGAAAUUACCCCGCUUGGAAAAGGAGGGAACUUGGUGGGGCCAUGGUUUCAUAGAGGAGAAAGCCGCAAAAGACUAUUAUAUAAAUGAGUGUUACCACCCUCUCCUCGCCAUGACCACUUCACUUUCACAUUCUCAAAGACGCUUCACCAACAAGUUUGAAGCACCAAUCUCCAUCAUGGCUAGACCCCAACAACGCUAUCGUGGUGUCCGCCAGAGGCACUGGGGCUCUUGGGUCUCUGAAAUUCGCCACCCUCUCUUGAAGACCAGAAUAUGGCUAGGAACGUUUGAAACAGCGGAAGAUGCAGCCAGAGCGUACGAUGAAGCAGCAAGGUUAAUGUGCGGGCCAAAAGCACGCACCAAUUUCCCUUACAAUCCCAACGAGCCACAAUCAUGUUCAUCGAAGCUCCUUUCUGCUACUCUGACUGCGAAGCUACACAAGUGUCACAUGGCCUCUCUUUCUCUUCAAAUGAGCAAGCAGAAGCAAUCGCAGAAAGAGGCUGAAGGGUCAUCCAAUUCAGGCCACACCAUUGCAGGAACGAGUGCAGACACAACAGGGUUUAAAUGGCCAGAGAAAAGACACGAGGAAGUGCAGUGGCUAGAAGAAGACCAUGUUGAAGUGGGAGAAGCAGAACAGCAACAAUUUCAGCCAGUUCUUGAAGAUGAUCACAUUGAACAGAUGAUACAGGAGCUUCUUCAUUAUGGGUCAAUGGAGUUUUGUUCUGUUACUCAGUCUAGCUAA